CUGAACCACACAGGUGUGUGACGUCCAUUCAGGUGUGGUGCAGGCACUCUCUGUGCUGGUGACAUGCUGCAUCGGACGCACCUACAAGCAGCACGAGUCAAGAAGGGUGUGUGUUGGCAUAGUUUAAGUUUCUUUUCCCAAGGCUGAUGGAGGGGAAACAGAAAGCUAAGCAUGGUCCUGUUUGGCUUGUAAAAGCUGUUGCCUUGUCUUGCUGUGUUUCCUUCACGCCUGGUUUGCUGAAGGAGUAAGUGACGUGAGAAAACGGACACGUACACACACUGGAGCGUCUCUGGCUUUAGACAUUGAAAAGUUAAGUGAAGGAGUGUGCUCACUCGCUUGUGCAGUAGUAGUUUUUGCCCCUUUUUUGCCAAGAAAAUCUGUAAAACUUUGAAUGGAAAUUCCAAGACACCUCAACUCCUGAUUUAAUAAGAAUAACUGACAAGUCAGGAGACAGAAGUCCAUUUAAGAUCUUGUAGAAGUGGAUUAUGGCGAAGAAGAACAGUCACAAGGAUACAUCAGGGGUGGUGUUUGACACUCACUCCAAAAUGGUGAUGUCUCAAGGAGGAACGUUUGAGAAGAUGAAGGAAAAGAUUAAUGCGGUGAGAGCGGUGGUUCCCAAUAAAAGCAAUAACGAGAUCGCCCUGGUCCUGCAGCACUUCGAGAACUCUGUGGACCGGGCCGUGCAGGCCUUUGUGGAAGGCAGUGCAGUAGAGAUCCUGAAGGAAUGGAAUAUUACUGGUAAAAAGAAGCCCAAGAAGAAAAAGAAGCCCAAAUCACAGCCUGAAGCUCAGGCAGACCACAUCCCCUCUGAAUCAAUCCCACCUCCAGAGGUGGAGUGUGCGGGCACGGUAAAUGGUUUCCAUGCCAAUGGUUCAGCUGGUGCUGAUGGUGAGUCACUGGACUCCUUGAGUGAACAGCUAGACUCCGCCUCCCUGGAUGCAGCUGAACUUGAAUCAGAACCUGCUACAGCUGAGCUCUCUGAUACCACAGGUGGAGAGGCAGAGUCCCAGAAAAGUCUAACCCCAGCAACGAGCCCAGCCCCCCAGCAAGGCACCAAUGCUGGGUCUCGCCAAAAUCACCAGAGUUCCCGUGGCACCAAGUCUCGCCACAGACCUUCAGCUAGUUCCCAGAAUACUGCUCUGGCACCUCCCUUUCUCUAUGAUGACAGCCAGCAUUGUUCAUUUGCAGCCAGAAAAAUUGCACCGAACAUUGAUCGCUCAGUGAAAGAUCUGCAGCGAUGUACAGCAUCUCUGACACGGUAUAGAGUGGUAGUGAAGGAGGAGAUGGACUCUUCCAUCAAGAGGAUGAAGCAGACCUUUGCUGAGCUGCAGAGCUGUCUUAUGGAUAGAGAAGUGGCUCUGCUAGCUGAGAUGGAUAAAGUCAAAGCGGAAGCCAUGGCCAUCCUGGACAAGCGUCAGAAACGAGCGGAGGAGCUGAGGAGACUCACCGACAAGUCUGCCUCCAUGUCUGAGGAGCAGCUAUCUGAACUCCGUGCAGAUAUCAAGCACUUCGUGAGUGAGAGGAAAUAUGAUGAAGAUCUGGGAAAAGCUGUUAAAUUCACUUAUGAACUGGAUCCUCUGAAAGCCAGCAUCAUGGCCUUUGGGUCAGUUUAUCAUCCUCAGACGGGCUACUCCAAUCGCUCUCGCUGUAGUUCCACUUCUUCUUCUGUCACUGGCUCUGCUCCUGUGGAAGCACCACCUCCACCUCAAGCCCCAUCCCAGGCCUCGGGUUACACACCCCGCUCCAGCGUCCCUCACAAACAGGUUUUCCAGGGUAAUAGGCGUAUAUUUCAGGGUUACCAAGGUGGCCCACGGCAUAACGGGGCCUCCAACUACGACCGCAACCCCAACCGCUCCAACUACCGCUACCAUGGAGAGCCGCGUCAACAGGGUGACCGUGGCCAAGGCGAUACCACCAACUCGCAGUUCCCUAGUAGCAUGAAGGGCCCCUCCCAGUCGUCUGCAGCAGCCUAUCGGCAGGAUCGACCCGCGCAGAAUGGGUUGCCACAGAGGCAACCUCGGACCAACUGCCCCUGACAUCCUCAAAAUACCUCUUCCUUUCCUUUCGCGUCUCCCUGAGUGCCCAGUGCCCCUCCCUUCAGUCCCUGCAAACAUCCGUCUGCAUCCCUUACCCCCACACACCCGUCCCUGUCUCCAUACCCCUUAUCACUCAACUAUUUCAUAUGGAUGAAGGAUAGGACUCAAGUUUACAUUGCCCCCCCCGCCCCCCGCCCCCAAUCUUCCUCCGUCAUCUUUCAUGUUCAAUCUCCCACAUUCCUUUUUUUUUCUUUUAAAUCUCUUGCUAUCAUUUGCUUCUGUCAUCAUUAGGAUUUACCUUUUAUUUGAUUUUUGUUUGGGAGAGGAUUACAAUACAUGUUUGCUCAAAGUGGCUAAACUUCAUUGACACUUCGUGAAAAUGUUCGUUAGUCUUAAUCUCCAAGAUGUGUAGUGCACUAUUCAUGUUUCUUCUUUUCUUUAUGCUAAAAGAUUCAUAUAAUCUAUUUUUCACAUUACUUUUUUUUUGUUGUCAGUGUAGUGCAGUAUUUUCUGUGUAUCUCUUUCCUUCUUUGAGCUUUACUUUCUUAUCUUUUUAAAAUUGCAUUGUCUUUUUUUUUUUUUUUUUUCUGUAACUUUCUUAUACUUUUAAAUUUGAUAAUCUUUAGCUCUGGAGCCAUUAGAUAACACUGGCUCUGAGAUCUUUGCUAAACUGCAGUGUUGUAUGGUUAAAAAAAAAAAAAAAAAAAAAAAAAAAAGGGAAAAAAAAAAAAAAAAAAAAAAAAGAGCUUGUCCCCACAUGGACAAUGAAGGCAGAAACUCCACUGUUUGAAUCUGUAAUAUCUCAGUGCUGCUCAUCUAAUAAAUGACCUGACGGCUGAAAAGUUCUGAGGGGGACUGCCCCGUGUUCUUUUGCCUUCUGGCCAUGAUGACUUCUUGUUUCUAAGUAGACCUUUUGUGUUGUCAUGCUUGCUGAGUGCACGCUAUGCUUUGGUUGCUCCUCACCAGGAGCGCUGCACGGUGCUGCUCUUCCACCGCCCGCUCGUCCUCGAGCAUGCUACCCACAGCCUCGCUUGCCCUGCAACUUCUGCAUAAAGCCCACGAGCGGAGGCGGAGCUCUGGCCUGUAUCAACGAGCACUCAUUAAUCUUCCACAGUGGGCAUGGCAUGCAUUUAAUAUAUUUGCCUUUGAUCACAGGACAACUUCACGUUCGUCUUUUUAUGUCCGAGCAUGCAUGCAUACCUCACGAGCAUAUAUUAACUAUAUUACUAUCUCUCUCAUUGCUUCUUGACCUGUACCAAGUCAAGGGAUAUUCAGCAGAAUUUUUCCUCAGUGUAUCUUUUGGAGUUGAAGUGCAUGUCACAUUAACCUCUCUGAAGGUGCUAAAGUGAAAGGUAGGAUCCCUAUCCCCACAAUUCCACCCUUGUAUUUCCACAGUGACUGAACAAAAUCUAGUAAUAUACCUCAUAACUCAGCCACCAGGGUCUUUGCAGAGCAUGAGGGCCCUGAUUGCUUGGCUUGACUUCGAGAAGUGCAGUUCACACCUGUCGUCCUAGGACUAUUGUGCAUAGGAUGAGAUGCUCGCUGGCAGCCCCGGUGAAGCAUUUUUGUAACCAGCUGCUUAACCUCGAUUGCCCCCCCCCUAAGCCCCAAAUCAAUCAAGUCUCCCGCCAUCACUUUAGAAACUGCCUGAAGACAUUCUCCUUUCUGAUACAUGUUUAGGAUCUCUGUCUGUAGACUGUCAGUACUUCAGAGCUUAUGAGGGGUUUAAGGUCUAUUCUGUUUGGCUGCUUUUUUUUUUUUUUUUUUUUUUUUUUUUUUUUUUUUUUUUUUUUUUUUUUAAACAACCUCAGUUCCUACAUGCGUCAUCUGGUAACAUUACCACAUGCUUGGAAAAGCUGUUGCCCGUUUUGGUAACGGUGACAUGGUUGUGUAGGUCUUUUGAGCUUAGGACAGCACCUCUGCUUCCUCUUGUAGCCUCCUGCCACGCCUCCCUCAGCAGUCACAGCCAGUGAAGUGCAAAGGACUCUCACAUGACCACUGUCACCUCCUAUCUUAGAAGUAACAUGAAAUCUGCUUGUUUCUGUUUUUUGUGUGUUCAGUGCUUGAGCCAGACUGCUGAAAUUUGAUUCGGUCAUUAAGGAGGAAGUCUGCAUCACACAAUGUUCACCGUUUAAUCAUAGCUUAGUUUUCUGGUUUUUCCCAUGCAACUUUACCACCAAAGAGAUGCUUUAUUUUCUAGUUCAAAGUUAUUGCCUUUUACUGCUCUUGUUUCUAAUUUGAUGCCAUUUCCCAAGUGACUCCAAGUGGUGAUGGCGGUGAUGAUUUCUAUGACAGUUUAUACUUACCCAUACUUCCUUAGUAAGUCCUGUUUGUACAUAUGUAUCUAUAUAUUUGUUUAGGAGUCCUUACUCAAGGCCAUAUGUAUGUAGUCGUAUCAUAAGGCUAAUGGUUUACCUCCAGUUGUAAAGAGAAUUUAGUCUAAUUCUUCCCAAUGUAUAGAAAACUGUUCUUUUUGUUUUUUUCCAAGUGUGAGACAACUGUAAACUCAAGUGCCUUCUGUCAUUCUUUGCCCAUGUUGUCAUCCCCCAUCCCACCAUCUCCAAGUAUGGACCAAAGACAUUUUACAGCUCCUUCCAGACUCCGCCUCCACUCUACAUAACUCUUCCCCAGUCUGGCUACAAUACAAGCAGCAUUUGGACAAGUCCCCCCCCCUUCUCACUGAUUGGCACACUUCUCAUUUACUAUGAAUAAAAAAAUAAAUAAAUU